AUGGCACCGGUACGUCUUGAUUGUGGCAAACAGAAGGCCUCGAUCCCAGAUGUCAAGGGUGCGUUUGCAGAGUGGCAGACUCGGCCGCUGAGUCUAGGUAGCGAUGGGAAGUACACGAACGGGCCUCUCGGGGAUGAUGCUAUCAAGUCAAGACUCAAUACCACUCAAGAGCCAUUCAGAAGUGGAGGUGGAGACGGAGGUGGACAGGCACAGGCACGACGGGAGGCUGCAUCGCUGACUCCGGAAGAAACAUCUGGACCUGGAAACGGAAUGGCAUGGUUCCUUCCCCGGAUUGAAGGGGGCAUGGAUCCCGCGGGCUUUGCGUUGCCCUGCGUUGGCCUGCUCGGGUGUUCCCUCGAUACGAUAGCAUGGUGGUCUCGUCUUCUCGUCUUCUCGUCUUCUCGUCUUCUCGUCGCCCCAUCGCCCCUUCUUCCCUCUCUCCAGGACGAGAGUACAAACGGCUCGGCUGGUGGCCAUGGUGGCUCCUGCUGA